GUGGCGGGGCUUCCAUGGACGCGGCUUCCGCGGUUGUAAUCCACGCGAGGAGGAGGUCAAGAAUCUGAUUUGAUAUAUUAUUUGAGCUAGUGAACACCAUUUCAUCUGAUCUAGAAGCUUUUAAUUAUUCAAUUCUGAAGCGAACCCAUUUCGAUUCACUGCGUAAUCAUUCCGGAAUUUUGUCCAUUAAACUAGAUUUUCGUGGUCUUUAAGAAAACUGUGUUUUCGGGUCUGAGCGGAACUACAAAAUGGCCAGCCACUCAAACCAGCCUCAAUCAAUCCAUGAGUUCACUGUUAAGGAUGCUAAGGGGAAUGAUGUUAAUCUGAGUACUUAUAAGGGCAAGGUCCUACUAAUUGUCAAUGUUGCAUCACAGUGUGGCCUGACCAAUUCAAAUUACACUGAGUUGACACAGUUAUACGAGAAAUACAAGAAUCAAGGAUUGGAGAUACUGGCUUUCCCGUGCAAUCAGUUUGGCUCGCAAGAGCCUGGCACCAAUGAAGAAAUUCAGGAAUUUGUCUGUACUCGCUUCAAGGCUGAAUACCCCGUAUUUGAUAAGGUUGAGGUGAACGGUGACAAUGCUGCUCCAAUAUACAAGUACAUGAAGUCAGUCAAAGGCGGCCUGUUCGGGGACAAUAUCAAGUGGAACUUCUCCAAAUUCCUUGUUAACAAAGAGGGCGAGGUUGUCGACCGUUAUGCUCCCACCACAUCUCCUCUAAGCAUAGAGAAGGAUAUAAAGAAGCUCCUGGAGAAAGCAUAGGCAACGCAACUUUCCUGUCUGGUGCUCACCUAAAAAUAAUAGUCCCAUUGAGGGUGUUCAUCAAGAGCUUUAACUACUUGUACUCUAUAAGACCUAGUUAUCUGAGAUCACAUCACAUUCAGUUCUUGUAAGUUAUGUUCUACUUGAUGAUCAUUGUGCAUGAUUUCCUUCGUAAUCAAACUUAUCGUUUUCUCCCUUGCUAA